AUGAAGCUGGCAUUAUCAAAGAUGAAUGAAAACAAAAUCGAUGGAAUAAAGAUAUUCAGCAUGGAGAUACAAGAUGAUAGUUUCGAUCAAUUUACAAAAUCGAGGAAAUACUCAGAAGAGCAAUAAUAUAACUCUAUCAAUAAAUAUAUUAAUAACACAGUUGACUGGCAAAAUCUGGGUAAACCUAGUCUCCUAAGAAGAAAGAUGAUAUCAAGCUAGAAAUUAAACGGGAAAAGUCUUAUAUUAAAUUCACAUAAGCCUAACUAAUUGAUGGAUAAUAGAGAAACCUUAGAGUAUGAGCCAGAAUCAGAGAAAAUGCAAAUUAUUGAGCUAAGUGGUUUUGUAGAUUACUCUCAAACACCUUAACAAUAGCUUUAAAACAGUUAGAAUGAUUGUAUUUUGGAUGGUAUUGAUAUGUUUGUCUAAGUUUAAAACGAUAAGCAUUAAAUGACUAAGAUAUAAGGAGGAAUUUAGAACUAUCUCUAAGAGGAGAAUGAAAAUGGGGAGAGUUUCUUUGAUAUUAAUAGCUAUGUUAAAGAGGUCAUGAUGAAUUUUUAUGACUCCUAGUUUGAAAGAGGCUAUCAUAAUUGCUCUUGUAGAUACUGUUGCAUUCUAGAAUAUCCUAUUUUGAUUGAAAAAGGCAGGGAACCAAAAGAAUUUGAAAAACUCCAUUAGAAAUAUGCUGAAUUUUUUAUGAAAAAUCCCGAUUCUCAAACGAUUUAUGAAACCUAGUCACAAUAAGAUUCUAAUGAAAAUAUACAUUCGAUUGAGAAUAUGUAAAACAAAUAAAGCUUCAUUAAAUAUAGUAAUUUACAAUUGAUUUUGUUUUGA